UUUCAAACGGCGAGAGGCGGCGAGGGAGCGGUAGGGGCGCCGUGAGGGAGCGGGAGGAGCGGCGCCGUGAGGGACGGCGCAGGUGACUGGUAGAAGAGCAAGACCUGCUCUUGACAAUGUCAAGGAGAAAGCUGGAGAAUAAAAGCCUUUCUGGCUUGUUGGCCACAUCUCUGCACACACCAAUCAAGACAGAUAACUUCCACAAUUUUUAUAUGCUUGAAUCAAAAGAGCUGGGAAGAGGAAGAUGUGCUGUGGUUAGAAAAUGUAUAGCUAAAUCCACAGGCCAAGAGUAUGCAGCUAAAUUUUUGAAGAAAAGAAGAAGAGGUCAAGACUGCAAAGCAGAGAUUCUGCAUGAAAUUGCUGUCCUUGAAUUAAUGAAAUCCAAUCCUCGCAUAGUAAAUCUCCAUGAAGUCUAUGAAACAGCAAAUGAAAUCAUCUUAGUGUUGGAGUAUGCUGCUGGAGGAGAAAUAUUUGACUUGUGUGUCCCAGAUCUGGAUGACAGAAUUGGUGAAAGGGAUAUUGUAAGGCUUAUAAGGCAAAUACUUGAAGGACUUUGCUGCUUGCAUGAAAACAAUAUUGUUCAUCUUGAUUUAAAGCCUCAAAAUAUUUUGCUGAGCAGCGUCAAUCCUCUUGGUGAUGUAAAAAUUGUAGAUUUUGGGAUGUCCCGGAAGCUUGAGAAUUCCAGUGACCUGCGGCACAUCAUGGGAACAACAGAGUAUCUCGCUCCAGAAAUCUUGAACUAUGAUCCUAUUACCACAGCUACAGACAUGUGGAACAUCGGUGUCAUCUCAUACAUGCUGCUGACACAAGAAUCUCCAUUUGUGGGAGCUGAUGUUCAAGAAACUUACCUUAAUAUAUCUCAAGUUAAUGUGGAUUAUUCAGAAGAAACAUUUUCAUCUGUUUCACAGUCUGCAAAAGACUUCAUUCAAAAACUUCUCAUAAAAAAUCCAGAGGACAGGCCCACUGCAGCAGACUGUCUCUCCCAUUUGUGGUUGCAGCAAGGGGAGCUCACGCUCCCGUGCAGCCCUGAAGAAAUUUGCUGCUCCUCUGAGCUGCCAGGACACACAGCCAAGUGCUCAGAAGAGCGGAGUGUCAAACCCAGCUGCAAUGGCAGCUGCAGCAACAAGGAGGACAAGGAGAACAUUCCCGAGGACAGCAGCACGCUCUCCAAACGCUUCCGCUUCGACGAUUCCUUGCAGUAUCCCCAAGACUUCGUGACAGACUUUGUGUGCUGAUGUGACACACAGACUUUCCAUGAAAUUAAUUCAGCAUCAUCUGUUCCAGUGGUGAAAAAAAAAGGGUUCUGGCUUGCCAGUUCGUGCAGAUCAUACUGGAAAUGCACUUUGAUGCUUUUAAGCUGGUGCCUCCUUUUCUGUCCAUUGCUGGCAGUGGAUUUAACUCCUGAGGAAUUGGAGUUGUUGCGCCAAUAAAAUGAAUUAUUUUUUUUAAGAAGAUAUAAUUAAAUAUUUUUGCACUUUUCAAGUUCUAGUCAAAAGAUGAUACUAGAAUGAACAAACUGAAACCUGUAAAUGAGUUUAAACAUAGCCUUUGCCAAACAGUGGUUGAACACACGCACGCUUUUAGGACUGUCCUUAGUAAGAAAUGGGGAAGGGAAGCUAAUUCCUGCUGGUUUACUGGAGUUGCUUGCUACCAUUCUCACCACUUUAAAUAGAGGCUAAAUUUGGUAUGUUUUGGGACUGUGGUACAUCUGUUGGGGCCAUUUGGACACCUGUUUUCCCUCUAGGAUCACUAGUAGUUCUGCCUUAUAGAUCUGGUCCACUUGGGCAUUAUCAUGCAUGUUGUGUGUGGUUGUGCUCUGUUGGAUCUCUGCAACACUUGGCAUAGAAAACAGGUAAAUUUCCAGUCCUUGGGCUUGUGGUUCUUGGCUUCUUACCAUAAAUUAUAUUUGAAGAUGAGGUUCCUAUGCUGAUGUGAAUAUUUGAACUUGGUGGUUUGCUUUUAGAAAACCUCUGAAAUGGUAUAAUCUACCUGUAUUGAUUUUUCCUUAUCUUAAAAAAAACAAAAACAAAAAACAAACCCCACACAAACAAGCCCUAAAACACAAAGCCUCUAGUUAAAAGUAGUAGAAGUGAGUAAACUGAAAAUAACCAUUUUUACCAGUGAAACUGCAAUUAAUAACUUUUCUCUGUGCCCCCCUAAUGUAGGAGUGCAUCUUGUCAAUUACUGUUGCCCUUAAUUACUCAGCUUUGUGCCUGCUCUGAGAAAUGGACUGCAGUGUGAUAGUAUUUAAAGACAAACUACCUAAUAAUUGUUUUAAGCCUUUAAAAUUGGUUUAGUUAGUGGUAUUUUUUUUAAAGUUUUGUGCCUUCCACUCGUUUCUGGCUCUAAGGUAAUAAUGCCUGUGUCAAGUUUUGUCUUAGAACAAAUGCCAGUUGUGCCUUAACAGCCUGAAACUAAUGUUCAUAAAAUAAGCCCUUUAAUCAUAACAGAGGCUGGGAGCCUUUUUGGGCAGUGAAUUUAUUAAAGCUCUUACAGAUAUUUUGAAAGUAAAUUCCACUUAAAAAUAUUUAGGGAUUUUCCACUCCUCAAAGCUUAAAUUUAAUUGUCUUUGAAUUUGAUUUGUUUUCUGUAAUAAAAUACCACAAUCUGGUAAUCUUUUUCAAGUGUGCCUGUGGAUUUGUCAGUAGUUGGGCAGUUUGGAAUAUGAUUGAGAGGUGUGAAAGGUUGUGUUUUUUCUUUCUUCACACAAGGAAAGAGCAGGUUUUCCCAAAGAGAUUUCAGUAUAAGGUGUCACCGUAAUGCAUGGGGGGAUUCAGGGCUGUUGUCUUGGUUUGGGGGGAUGCUCACGUUGACAGGUGGAAAGCAGACUGAGGUGUAAGGCAUGUCAAACUUCUGAGCUUGUGUUUGUCAGGAGUUCUCCAAGACUUACGUAAUUUCAUGUGAAAUGAAGUAACAGGUUUGUUGAGAAGAGACAAAGCCCUGAUGGCUGGGUGUGAGUGAACCACACCAGGUCGCCUCCGUGUAUUAAUUCUCCUGGAGCUUUUUUCAGAGGUACUGACUGUAUAUAUAAUUACAGAAUUACUUUGCAGGAAGCAGCUGUUGGAUUGUGCUCAGGUACUUCAUACCCUUACUAUUGAAAGUCUUGGCUUUUCCCAGUUGGAGUCUUACCUGACCUUUUGAUUUUUAUUUUUUUAAAUUUUUUUUUCCCCACCAUCAUGGACUCCAGUUUGAACUGGGUAAGGUAAAAACACAAAUUAUUUGAUAGUUAUGUAGAAGUUAAAAUUUAUUUAAGAUAAAGAAGAAAAUGCCAAAAAGCUGUGUAGAUAAAAGUAAAACAGAAUGUUUAGAAAAAUUUUUAUUAUUUAAAAUUCUGCCAAAAUAUUCCUGAAUUGAAAUUACACUAUCUUUUAGCAUCUGGAAAAUAAAGCUAUAGCAUAUGCCAGCACCUUAUGAAAAAGCUGUUAUUCCUUAAGAUUUUUAUCACAGUAUCUGAUGUUGACAUUUCUUACUACUUUAGAGCUAACUUAUCUUUAAAUAAUUGAAAAUUGAUUUUUACCUGAAGAAUUUAGUUUUGAAGACUUUAUUUGUAUUUUAUAUAUACUUAAAAUGUACCUUGAAUACAAUUGAAUGUAAAUACAUACAUUGUAGACAACUAUUCGUCUGUUUUGCUUCCUGCCAUAUUACUGGGACUUUCCAAGUGUGAGGGAAUGCUGAGUAACAUUUUCAGAUGACUGAAGUCAUACUUCUAUGCAGUUCAUGACCUUUUUAUAUUAAAAAAAAAAUAAACUUUGCCAUUUUUAUCAAAA